CAUUAGGUUGUGUGUGUGUGUGUGUUUCUUUCUCUCAUUCCCUUCCCUCCCCCUCCCCCCCCUUUUUUUCCUUUUUGGUUGCCCCUCUCUCUUUUUUGGGUUUUAGCAGCUUAUGAUAGUGCAAACACAAUGAUUUUGAAUACUCCAUCCUAUUUUCCUCCAUAUUAGUUGAAAAUUGGAUUAUAAGUUAGAAGAAAUUAAAUAAAAAUUUUAAUGCAUUUUGUAUUUUCAUUAUUCCAAUUAUAGAUUCAGUACGAUAAACACGAAAAUAAUUUAGAAACGGAAAAAGUACUAGGACUAUGCUAAAUACUAGAGGGGAGGAGGCACUGAAGCCAAAGAAAUGGUGGAUCAAUGAGGAGACAGAAAGUGAGGAUUCUUCUUCUAUUUGGGUUUUUGGUUCCAUGGCUGACUGCUCUUUUGGAAGCACAAAAAGCUUAGCACAAAGCUCAGUCCUAAAACCCCAAAUAGAAAAAGAUUACAAUACCUUAAUGUCACUUCCAAGACAAUGGGCUCCAGAAAAAGUCGCAUUGACCUUUAGAAAUUUCUUAUAAAAUCAACUUCCACAUUUCCUAUUCCUCCCAAUAGUACUAAAAAUUGUCUAUAUCCUAUGCUUUUUUUCCUGAUUUUACUUGAGCCUAGCCGGCUAUACCAUGAUUUUGACUUUGAGCACUUAUAGCCUUUUUUGUCCUGAACUGAUCUGAGAAACUCAAACUCGUAUGAAAACAAGGAAAUGGAAUUGGAAUGGAAGAAAUCAGGGAAGAAUGUGGUCAGAAAAUGGGUAGAAAAAUGACAAAGGAAAAUAUGUUACUAUAUUACUGUUUGAAUUAAUCCUUAUUUUUUAAUCAAGGGCUAGCUUAGCUGGGUUGAAUGUUGAGUCACAGAAAGAAGAUUAAUUUAAUACUACUACUACUACUUUACAGUAAUAUCAGUAGAGAUGUGAUUUUCUUAAUUAGGUGACUUAAAUGUAUACAUUGGAGUUGGUGCAAUCUUGCUUCUUCCAAGUCAACCAAAAAGGCUUACUUUGCAUUUGGUGAAUGAAUUCCUCAAAGAGACAUCUGUUAUCACUGCAAUAUUUUCUAUUAUACCAUUACAACCAGUGUGUGACACAUCUAUCAACUAAUUCAGAUUCAAUUCGGGUUGACAUCUUUGAAGAUUCGAAGUUUCCUCAGUACGUAAUUUAAUGUUUCUUUUGUUUCAAAAUUACUUUACAGUUUGAAAUUUUACUUUUAGUGUAAUUUGAACUAAAAAUGAAAAUACAAACUAGAUAAUAAUUUCGGACAGGAAAGAGUAUCGUUUGUUAUUUGUCUUAUAAGGAUGAGCUUUAAUCAUAAUUAACAUAAUCCAAUUCCUUUAACAUCCAAGUAUUUGUUGGGGUUACUCACUCAAAUGUUUAAGUGAACAAUUUUUUUAACAAUUUCUUGUUACUAACUAUGAAUGACCAGAAGGAAAAAAGAAGUGUUUUUUAGUCCAUUUUGGAUCCAAAGCGUAUUAAAUGGUUGUUGCUGUGCUGUUUGAUUUAUUGCGCAAUUUAAAAGCCACCUUCUCUGCAUGACAUUUACUUCUACUUCAACCAAUUUUUCUUUCCUCUCUCUCCGUUUCUGGUUCUGUUUCUCUCUCUCUCUCUCCCUCCCUAAUCUCUAUAACCAAAAAUUUGACUUUUGCAGAUCCACUGCUAUAGUUGGAGUAAAACAAACUGUGGAGUUUCUGAAAGUCAUUUUCAGAAGGACUUCUUACAUCAUAAAAAACAACAAUUUUUUUUUUUUGAUUGAUUGUUUUCAAGUAUUCAAACAUUUUUUCUUGUGUAAGAUUCUUGAAUUAUUUGGUGAGGUUUCUGCAUGUGGGUUUAAGUCUUGUCAGGGGGAAAGAUUUUUGGUGCAUCUUAUUACAUGAUUGAAGUAUUAAAGUUCCAAUCUUGAUGACUUAUCUCCAACCAAAUUUCUCCGAGAAAGAAAUGGUUCUUCAGCAGGGGAAAAGGUCCAUUUCUCCGUCGCAGCCGCCGCCGUACUUUGUUCAUCAGCCACCGCCUCCACCACCUCCACCGCCUUCUUCUUCCGGUGUCCAAACUGGUGGGUUCAAUUUGAACAGUAAGGUUAGCCCAAGUGUACUGCUGAUCAUAAUCAUUCUAGCCAUUAUCUUCUUUGUGUCUGGAUUGCUUCAUCUUUUGGUUAGAUAUCUUUUGAGACCCCCAAGGAGGGAUCCUGAUGAAAUAGACACUGUAACUGCUCUUCAAGGUCAGUUGCAGCAACUUUUCCACCUCCAUGAUGCUGGUGUUGAUCAGUCCUUCAUUGACACACUUCCUAUCUUCAAUUACAAAGCAAUCAUUGGUGUGAAAAGCCCUUUUGAUUGUGCUGUCUGCUUGUCUGAAUUCGAAGCUGAAGAUAAACUUAGGCUGCUGCCAAAAUGUAGCCAUGCUUUUCACAUGGAAUGCAUUGAUACUUGGUUGCUGUCACAUUCAACUUGCCCUCUUUGUAGAGCUAGUUUGAUCCCUGAUUUCUCAUCCAACCGCCAUUGUUCUCCAAUUGUGUUGGUUCUUGAAUCUGGAAGUGAGAGCUCCAGAGAAAUCAUACCAGAUAGAGAAGGUGGUUUAGGCAACACAAAUUCAGUGGCUAGAGUGAGUUCUCAUCUCAGUACUUCCAGAUGUGAAGAUGAAUCCAGGCUGCCUAAUUCGGGUUUGUUGCUCCAAAAAUCUUGUGAAAUUCAAGUCAAAGAAGAUGAUAAUCAACAACAACAACAAAAUAUUGUUGUGGGUUCAGGGGAAAAAGUUCUUCCUGUAAAACUUGGCAAGUUCAGGAAUGUAGAUGGAGGAGGAGGAGCUGGAGGGGAAGGAAGCAGCACAACUAAUAAUGUUGAUUCAAGAAGAUGUUUCUCCAUGGGAUCUUUUGCUUACAUUAUGGAUGAGAAUUCAGCUUUACAAGUUCCAAUUAGGACUCCAAUAAAGAAACAAUCCAGUAAGAAACCAGCUCUGCCAUUGAAUCCAGGGCAUAGAUACGCAAUGUCUGAAUGCGGCGGAGGCGAUUCAAGAAGGGAUUUUGCAAACUUUGAAGCAUUCAGAAAUGGCGAGUUUCUCCAAUGCAGCAAUAAUUCGGGUGGCAUUGCUUAUUCAGGCAAUCUCUGCAGUAAUGUAAAUGACAGUAAUAAGUCAAUUGGGAGCAGCAGAGGAGAGAGCUUUUCAUUCUCCAAAAUUUGGCUCAGGGGGAAGAAGGAUAAGGCUCAUAAUCACAUUACAGAUACAGAGCAGCCACCAUCAAGAAGGGCAUUCUCAUUCAGGUUCCCAAUGCAGCAGCAUAAUGUGAUUGCAGAAGAAGAUGAUGUGAAGCAUAAUAAGAAGAUUAUUAAUGGUGGGAGGAGGACCAUUUCAGAGAUUGAUAUUGGGAGGUGGGCAAAUGGAGGGAUUGAAAACAGCAGUGAAUUGGAUGCUCAGAGCUUGAACAGUUUGGAUUCUCAAUCAAAUCAUCCUUCAUUUGCAAGGAAAACACUUCUGUGGCUGAUGGGAAGGCAACAGAACAAGGUGGUUCAUUCACAAUUUUCAUCCCAAUUAGUUUAGUAGAUAGCCCUCUUUUAUUUGUUAUCAUUUGUUGUUGUUUUUUCUUCUUUUGUGGAUUAUUUCUUGGAUAUAGUUGUUCUUUGAAGGGAGAUAAAAUUAGAGAUAGCUGUGAAAGAGGUCUUCUCAUACAGAUGGCUGCAAUUUUAUUUUAUUUUUUUUCCACAGCAUAUUCAAGCAGCUAGCUAGUUGAUUGAUUGAUUCUUCCACAUAAUUUUUAGUUUCAGAAC